GGAAAUUCAAGGGGAUAUUCUUGGGGAACAAUGAAUGCAAAACGACAGAAUUAGAGCCUUAGUUAUUUUCCUUAAAGACAAUGAUUUAUAGCCUGACGAGCCAGACCCACAUCAAAAGGUGCGUCUAGAUUUCUAGGCUAGGCGAUUUAUUGAGAAGAAAGGUUUACUGCAACACUCUACAUACUCCUGUACAGUAGGUGGCGGUAUGCAAGAAAUUAACAAUGCAAUCUGCCAAGAAACUAAAGAAGAAGAAGCUCAGCCUAUCAUUUAUUUGCUACAACAUAGAUGACAGCUGCCUCUGCUGCGAAGACCUCGUAAUGAUUUGUAAGUUUUCAUUGUCUAAGUGAAACAACAGCUGUGCAGUUGUUGAGAUCAUUGUACAGGUAUGCCUGGAUGGCGUGACAGCAAACCACCUAAGUGGUCAACUUUUUUGUCCAAACUGGUGAAAGUUUCAGCGCACAACAAUCAAUAUGAAGGUUGGGUUUUCACGGUGGAUCCAGUCUCAGCAAGCAUGGUGUUGGUUACAUUUCCAGAGGGGGAUCAGGCACAUGUCCGAGUAGUUCUAGGCCAUGCUGUGGAGUCUGUGGAGGUCCUUCAGGAUGGAAACAAAGGUAACACCACACGCUUGGCUUCCAUAUUUUCAGCCCAUGGAACAGAGACCCUAAGCCCCGAGAAGCUCAGACACCGGAGACACAGUCUAUGUCAAUGGAUUGAGAAGAACCACAUCCCUGUAAAAGAAGAAGGAGAGAUGUUGAGGGUGGCCAAUGUUCUUACCAUCAGCAGCCCUUACGGUGUGGAUGACUGCAGUAGUUCCAAUGAGAUAAUUUUAUCCAGAGUGCAAGGCUUGGUGCGAAGCAACCCUGGACAGAAAUAUUAAGAUGUCUCACAAAAACAAUUUCAACACGAACCUUCAGAUUAUUGGAGACUGAAUUCAUUUUGAAGGAUUGCUUGGAUAGUGGAAAAGAAAAAUGUAAGAUUGAAAAACUAGUGCUUCUGGUUUCACCAUAUUUCCUGAAAUUUUAUUUUUUGGAGACUGGUAGUUUCAUAAUGUCCUUAAAAUAAAAUCAAGUUUGUUUACAAAA